AUGUCUGCCCCUCAGCCCAACGAGGCAGAAAAAAACAUCGAGAUCUGGAAGGUCAAAAAACUGAUUAAACGUCUCGAGGCCGCCAGAGGCAAUGGCACCUCCAUGAUCUCUCUCAUCAUCCCGCCAAAGGACCAGGUCUCUCGGGCGGCAAAAAUGUUAGCUGAAGAAUUCGGCACCGCCUCCAACAUCAAGUCUCGGGUCAACCGUCUCUCCGUCCUGUCGGCGAUUACUUCCACCCAGCAGCGCCUCAAACUGUACUCCAAGGUCCCGCCAAAUGGCUUGGUCGUCUACUGCGGUGAAAUCAUUACCUCGGAGGGAAAAGAGCGGAAGAUCAACAUCGAUUUUGAACCCUUCAAGCCUAUCAAUACCUCGCUGUACCUCUGCGACAACAAAUUCCAUACCGAAGCCUUGAGCGAGCUCCUCGAGUCUGACCAGAAAUUCGGCUUUAUCGUCAUGGAUGGCAACGGUGCCCUCUUUGGGACACUCAGCGGCAAUACAAGAGAAGUCGUCCACAAAUUCUCCGUGGACCUGCCCAAGAAACACGGUCGUGGUGGUCAGUCCGCUCUGCGUUUCGCCCGUCUAAGAGAAGAGAAGCGGCACAACUAUGUUCGCAAAGUAGCAGAACUGGCUGUCCAGAACUUCAUCACGAACGACAAGGUCAAUGUUGCCGGGAUUGUCCUGGCUGGUUCGGCAGACUUCAAGAACGACCUGAACCAAUCCGACAUGUUUGAUGCUCGUCUGCAAAGCAAGGUCAUCAAGGUCGUGGAUGUCUCAUACGGUGGGGAGAACGGUUUCAACCAGGCCAUUGAUCUCUCAUCCGAAACUCUUGGUAAUGUCAAGUUCAUUCAAGAGAAGAAGCUCAUCGGCAAGUACUUCGAGGAGAUCAGCCAGGACAGCGGUCGAGUCUGCUAUGGUGUCGAAGAUACCUUGAAGGCACUGGAACUGGGUGCUUGUGAGACACUGAUCGUCUAUGAGAACCUCGACGUCACCCGCUGGGUACUAAAGGCCUCGGAUGGGACCGAAAAGAUUCUUCACACCACAAAGGCUCAAGAGCAGAACCGUGAGGAGUUCAUGGACAAAGAGACCGGUCAAGAGAUGGAAGUUGUCGAUCAAGGGUCAUUCCUAGAAUGGCUCGCCGAGAAGUACAAGGAUUUUGGCGCCACGCUGGAAUUUGUUUCGGACAGAUCCAGCGAAGGCAACCAAUUCGUGAAAGGCUUCGGUGGUAUCGGCGCCAUCUUGCGAUACAAGGUCAACUUCGAACAGUUGGCUGAUCUUGACGACGAGGACGAAUUCUAUGAUGAUUGA